AUGCCCUCACCAACUCGCUCCUCCCAUCGGCCUGCGUCCCCUUCGGCGCCGAGUUCAAACCAUCGCCAUCACCGCAGUCGUACCGGCCAUUCCCACCGCCACCGGCCCCGCAACAGCUCGCGCUCGCGCUCUCCGCACCGAUCAGACAGACACAAAUCAGACCGCCACCACCAGCAUAGCGGAGACAAAGAUCACGAGCGUUCCGAGCGCUCCGAGCGUCGACACAGAGAUGUCCCAAAACAGCCAGUGGUUCUCCCUUAUCAAGCGCGUGAGCUCUCCCGCCGCCACCUCGAAGCGUACGAGCCAAUGUUCGCCAUGUACUUGGAUAUCCAGAAAGGGAAAUUUAUCGAGGAUCUAAGCGAGGAUGAAGUUAAAGGGCGGUGGAAAAGUUUUACACAAAAAUGGAACAAAGGUGAACUCGCAGAGGGAUGGUAUGACCCAGCUACGCUAGAGCGGGCGCGUGCGAAUUUCGAGCCUCAGCCGGCUGAAUCGAAAGGCGGGCGUGAGUCCCCUGAUUACACACAAGGCGAGCGAGCGUCUGGAGCAGCCCAGGAGUCACAACCAGGAGGCGCGGAUGACGACGAUGACGACGAGGAUGACGAGUAUGGGCCAACUCUUCCUCAGCCUGGCUCUGCGAGAGUCGGGUUCAUGGGGCCUACCAUCCCAAGGAUGCAAGAUCUCGAGCUUAAAAGAGAAACCGCCAUUGAAGACGCCAUUGCGUCUCGCGGUGAAUCGCGAGACCAAUAUCGCGCCGAGUUACGUUCCCAUAAAGCUGCAACGCGCCAUCUGGAAGACGAAAUCGCACCGCGGGCUGAGGCGGGUACGCGAGAAAGACAGCUCGAAAAGCGCCGAGAGGUCGCUUCGAGUAAUCGUGCAUUUGCCGAUUCUCGUCGCGGUGACUCACCUGACGGCGCUCGUGAUGAAGAUCUAAUGGGUGGAGACAAUGAGUUUUCUGCACUGAAAAAGGAGAAGGAGAAGGACCAGCGCAAGAAGAACGAGCGCGAGAUUCGGAGAGAAGAGAUUUUACGCGCGCGUACGGCAGAGCGAGAGGAACGGGUGCAGCAAUAUCGCCAGAAGGAAGAAGAGACUAUGGGGUUCUUGCAAGCCCUAGCCAAGCAGCGCUUUGGCUGA